AGAUCAGCAAACGAGCCAAAUAUCAACAUGAAGUUCCUGAUUGUCUUCGUUGCCCUCUUCGCCGUGGCUUUGGCCGGAGUCGCUCCUGACGCCUACAUCGAGAAGUCGAAUUCCGAUGUGGGGCCCGAGAACUUCGCCUUCGACUGGAAAACUAGCGAUGGCCAGCAGGCUGAGGCUCAGGGAGUGUUGCAGAAUGCUGGCUCCGAUCAUGAGGCCCUCGCCGUCAAGGGAUCCUACUCCUAUGUGGGUCCUGAUGGUGUCACCUACACUGUCACCUACAUCGCCGAUGAGAACGGAUUCCAGCCCCAGGGUGCCCAUAUCCCCGUGGUCUAAAUCCUUUGAAGUGGAUUGCCCAGUUCCUUGUUACUAAUGCUUAUUUGCCUUAAACUCAUCUUAUUCCUCUACUUUGAGGAGAAGAUAACCUAAGACAAAAAC